CAUAUACACAAAUAAAGGAAAAAUUCGGGACUAGCGAGACCAACAGUCAAACACACCUUCUAUUUUCCUCCCGAUAAAGAAGUGUUGCAACCUGUACUAGUGACUGUGACUCUCACUCGUUACGUCGCUUCUUUAAACAACGGUGGGCUUAAAAGAAGUAUAGCUUUUCUGUUAAGUAAUAAAAGCAAUGACAGACCCUGGAAAUUCGCAGCCGUCUUCAGUAUCCCGAAAGCCGUCAAAUAGUGCUUUUAAACAGCAACGAUUGCCAGCUUGGCAGCCCAUCUUAACUGCUGGGACAGUUCUGCCUACUUUCUUCAUCAUAGGUGUUGCUUUCAUACCAAUUGGUAUCGGCUUGCUUCAUUUCUCAAAUAACGUAAAAGAGUUUGUCUAUGACUACACAGACUGCAUUAGCCAAGAAGACACAAACCAAACAUGCGCAACAAUUCUGGAAUCAGAUAUUACUAAAAGCUGCACCUGUAUUCUGCCAGUUAAUUUGACUGAAACAUAUGAUGGAGAUGUAUACAUCUACUAUGGCUUGAGUAAUUUUUACCAAAAUCAUCGACGCUAUGUCAAGUCAAGAGAUGAUCACCAACUGCUGGGUGUACUGGGUCCUGUCUCCAAUGAGUGUGAUCCAUUUGCCCGCUAUCCAGAUCCCAACAACCCAGCUAUCACGAAACAAGUGGUUCCUUGUGGUGCUAUAGCCAAUAGCAUUUUUAAUGAUACGUUGAAGCUGCAUAGAGAAGAUGGUCAACCUGUUCCCGUUCUGAACACAGGCAUUGCUUGGCCUUCUGACAAACAAAUGAAAUUCAGGAACCCACCAAAUAGCAACACCAACUUGAGUGAAGUGUACAAGGAUUACAUCAAACCCCAAAAUUGGAGAAAAAACAUCUGGGAACUAGACCCUUCCAAUCCUGAAAAUAAUGGCUUGCAGAACGAAGAUUUAAUUGUUUGGAUGAGAACGGCUGCGUUACCGACAUUCCGUAAGUUGUAUCGUCGUCUAAACCGCACUGCCGAAGGUUACAAUUCCGGACUUAAAGCUGGCAACUACGUUCUCACUGUAGAAUAUAAUUAUCCAGUGAAAUCCUUUGCCGGUAGUAAGCGAAUCAUAAUUUCGACAACUUCGUUGCUUGGUGGCAAAAACCCUUUCCUCGGCAUCGGUUACAUUGUGGUGGGUUGCAUCGUUCUUCUCCUCGGCAUCGUUUUUCUCAUCAUUCACAUAAAGUGUGGUAAAAGUACUAGUGAAAUGACCAACGUUACUCCCCGCUCGCCGUACCAAUGAAAUACGUCAGAUGCAAGGAAGAGAAUUUCUCUAAUGGCUAUCACCUUGAAAUGGGGACUACUGAAACUGGGGCAAUCGCAGCGUUUUCCCUGCUAGUCUUAAUUUUGUUUGUGGCUGAUUUAAACAUUGUUUGUGUACCUUUUUCUUCUAGCUGUAACGAUACGUCUUUAACUUCAUUCACCUACAAACCAUUUUUGCACAACCUGCAGUUUUGACGGAAAUAACCAGAUAAGAAAAAUAACCAGAAACCCAGUCUCUGGAAAUAAUUAAAGAGAACGAUCAUAUCCGUAGGUUAUGUGCGUCUUACCUUUCCGGCGAAAACAUAAGUUUCGGUUUCUGUAUUUAUGUAUCUUUAAUAAAAUGUUAAAUUCAAA